GCCCGUCACUUGGCGAGGCUUCCCUUUGCAACAACGCGCGAGUCUCAUUGAGAAGGAAAAAAAGUCGGUAUCGUCUUCUUCCAAGCGCGCAGUCCUGAUUUUUGCAUGGGGAUGCAAGGAUGUGACCCGAAGAUUACAUAAUUAGAAGGCAUUUGUUAUGCUUGCAUUUCAAAUCAGCGAUGAGCAUGUGACAGUCCCAUCCUGGGAAACGUCAGGCCACCAUUGCUCUCCUUUCUCUGCUCUCUUGCACAGCGCUAAUUCCCAACUCUGGCAACUGCCAGUGCUGACGGAGCUUCGCCUAGCCUGGGGGUUCAGGCCAUCUGACCCAUCGCAGGGCUCACAUGCGGGCAGCUCUAGACCAUGGGAUGUUCCCAGUGACCAGCCAGAGCCCUCCAGAGUGAGGACAGGAGUCCCUGCGAGGACGCACACCCUAUAGCAGCCAUGGACUCAAACAAACAAGAAGGAGGGACUGAAAGUGUGCCUGUGAGUAACCCUGCAACACAGAUUUCCCAGUUGCAGGCAUUAGCCUCUGAGUUGAAGGCGGGUUUCACAGAAGCGAUGCAGGAGCUGUCACGAAUCCAGCAUGGCGAGUACGCCCUGGAGGAGAAGGUCAAGAGCUGCCGCUGUGCCAUGGAAGAGAAAGUGGCUGAGAUGAAGAACUCCCUCAACACGUUCAAGGAGGAGCUCAGCGAUGCAAAGUCAAUGAUUGAAGAAAUCAGCGCCAAGCAGGAGGAAAUGCAACAGAAAAUCGAGCAGCUGCAGCAAGAGAAGCGGCGGGAAUCACGGAAAAUGAAAGCGAAAAGAGCACAGAAGGACGACCACGGGUCACAGACAGUACCCACGCCUCUCCAAGGCAGCCCAUUUCGAUCCAUUAACCUGCCAGACCCUGUGCUGAUCAAUGAAGAUUUUACUAGUCUUUUGCACAACGUGACCUACGAAAAAGUGUCUGACACCAGGAUCAUGCCAAUGGGAGACGGGGGCGUGAAAGUCAUAGCAGGUCCAGGAGCGGCCAUAGAGACAGAUGAUGGCCUCAAGCCUUCCUUGACAACGGAUGGUCAGUCAAAGGUGCAUCUGCCAUCGACAGUGUGGAAGCAGCCCAAGGACACUAAGGACUGGGGAGAUGAAUAUAUAUCCAAAGAGCAACCAGAGAGAGGGAAAGAUAUGGGCCAAAGCAGAUACAGCUCAGCAGACAACAUUAUAUGUGAACCCUCUUUGGCUGCUAAAAGGCAGAACAUCGCUUUGGAGUUGCUGGAGUCAGAAAGGAAAUAUGUCAUCAACCUUUCCCUAAUCCUGAAGAUCAAGGCCACAUUGCAAGGACCAGAUGUGAAAAGGAGCACCAAAGAGAGAAGUUUCUUCCCCAACUCUUUGCGGUACCUGGUCCAGCAGCACGUCGAUUUACUUCACGCUCUACAGGAGAGAGUCUUGAGCUGGCCACGCCAAGGGAUCCUAGGAGACAUCUUCCUGAAGUUAACAAAUGAUGAGAACAAUUUUCUGGACUACUAUGUUGCUUACCUGAGGGACUUGCCAGAAUGUAUCUCUCUGAUCCACGUGGUGAUCCUGAAGGAGGUAGAAGAAGAAAUCAAAUCUGACCUCUACAUUCUGUUCUUCCAUAUAGUCCAGCGAAUCCCCGAAUACCUUAUUCAUCUACAGAACGUCCUGAAGUUCACGGAGCAAGAGCAUCCUGAUUAUUACCUGCUGCUGGUGUGCGUGCAGCGCCUCCGGGUUUUCAUCUCACACUACAGCCUCCUCUUCCAAUGCAACGAGGACCUGCUCAUACAGAAGCGCAAAAAGCUGAAGAACACGACGAUGGAUUUCUCCUCCCUCAGGUCGUCCCUGGUGAAGCUGUACAAAGGUCUCACCUCCCAGUGUACGAGCCAAGAGGUUUCUCCAACACCAAGCGCAACCUCUAUCCGGGACAGCGGGAUCCACUCCGAAGAAACCAUACAGUCGUUCCCACCAGCACCUUCCUCUGGCACGACAACCCCGCAUUUGAUGCCCCAGAUGAAGAAAUCCCAGCCAGCUGUGAUGGAGAACAUCCAGGCUGUAAAGCCCCCCGACUGGGAAAUGGAAAGUAGAAAACAUGAGAGGCCAGAGAACAUCCUUGCAUCCUCUCAGCUCACGGAGCAGGAACUCAAGGCUCUGACAGCCCCCUUACAAUCUAUCCCCGAAAUGGAGUAUGAAGCACCGCCAGCUGACGCGGUGGGAAACACUGAGAGAGCCAUCAGGACCUCUGUGGAGCUGCUGCAGGAUGCGAGGAACUUUGCGCCAAGCUAUGAAGAGUUUGACUACCCUGGGGAAGUUUUCACCCUGCCAGGCCCCUAUGAAGACGACGCCUUCCAAAACCUUGCUCUCUUUGAGAAUUGCUCCCCAGCCUCUUCCGAAUCCAGCUUAGACAUUUGCUUCCUUAGGCCUGUUAACUUCACGUCAGAACCGGAGAGGACAGAUCAUGCCUUACAGCCAUUGCCUAAGAGCUGUACUCCCGUAAGCAGCAGUACUUACAAGCGUGAGAUGUUCCACAGCAAAGGCAAGCAGCUGAGCAGGUCCCUGAAGGAGCUGCCGAGGAGCGCUGAGGGCGUGAGCGCCAGACUCUACAGCACGAGGAGCAGCAGUGGGAGCCGGCUGCAGCAGAAGCAGGAGAGAAAUGUCCAGCCUCACAUGAUCUCAGCUUCAUCUCGAAGCUCCCAAAGGAGCUACUUCCCCCCACAGAGAGGAGCGGGUGAAAAACAGAGCUUUUUGGAAGAGCUCCAUGCAGAAGACAACACCAGGUUCUGCCAGAAGGAUGACAAUGAGCAAACAUCCUUCAGCGACCACAACCCGCGGCACGAGCCCAAGGGGGGUUUCCGGAGCUCCUUCCGCAAGCUCUUCAAAAAGAAAUAAGCAGCCCCAAGAGAGGCAGGCCACAGCCUAAGCGCGACAGUGCUUCCCCAGGUCCCUGAGGGUGGAGACAGACAGCAAGGCCCUGAGAUCCCCCCCCUUGACUAACACAGUAGGUGGAGGGGUGGGGGAGAGGAGACGGUCACGGCUGCCUCACAAAUGCAGCCUGCUCUUCCUAGCACAGGGGAGGGCCAGGCGAUGGGUUGAAGCAGAGCUCAGCCAGCAGGUCCAGUAAGCACAGGAACUUGCUAGCUUUCACCCCUGCCUGACUUGAACUUAACUUUCCUUGGAGUUUUGGAAAGCUUUGGCCAAAUCCCAAUCUCUUCUCCUCCCCCUCAUCCCCCGAUGUUGCUUGAUUUCCCAUACCUCUCUGCUCUUCCCAGUUCAAACCAAGCCUAAUUUGGGCUCACCCACAACAGAAAGGUUUUGUCUUUGCAGCAUUUGCAUCCUGGCCAGAAGUCUGAAGUUCUCCUCUUUCCCGCACGUUCUAAAGAAAACCCAUCAUCAAGAUAUUUUCCAGGAGGCCAGCUCACAUUACCCAGCUGGGUUGAGGAGGUCUGAUAAGAAUCAGCUGAAGCACCCAGGCUUUGUACUGCUUAGCUAGCAGCAUCCUUUCUUUCGGACUUCCAUCACUCCCUGAAAUCUUGCUCUACCUUUUAUUCGAUGUGUUGUUCCUUGAAUUGCCUCCUACCAUACGAAUCUCUACUCUCACUGUCAGGAUCACCUGUAUCUCCAGGCAGGUGGCAUUGGUUGAGUCCAGGGCCCACCACAGGAGACAAAGACUCUUCUCCACUCUCUCCCCACCAUGGACCGAUGCAGACACUGACACAGUCAACCAGCGUCCUGGCUCCUGGUCUGUAAUACAUUUUGAAUACUCUUUGCUAACUCUCUUUGGCCUGACACCUCCUUACAAGCCCCAGCAUGUGCAGUACCCUGCUUUGGAGCAGCUCUUCCAGCUAACAUUGAGGCAUCAGGGCAGGAAAGGUGAUGGUGCCCCACGUUCAGCGUCACAAGAACUCCUUCUUGUGCAACGAUACUCUUCCUCCCACAACAAAGCCACGAGCAUGCCCUCCCCACAUCUCGAUGUAAAAAACCGUUAGCAAUGCUGUUUUCUAUAGAAGACUAGAUUGUAGCUUUUGUUAAAACAACAAUAUGGAGGGAACCAUAGCCCUUCUAGUGCAUUCUCCACGCCACACCUCAGCAGCAAGAGCAACUGAUCGCUCAGGGCUGUGACAUCAGCUGGAGCUGGGGCAUGCUGAGGGCAGCUUCAAGAAGAAAGGUGGUUUUAUCACCCUCUUUUGGCAGGGUUGGGACGCUGGUCUGUCAUCUCACCUGAAGAGGCCAUGAACCGUCUCAGCAGGGCCAACGGCAACCUCCUGGGGGGCAAGGCUGUGAGAUGAGGGGCUUGGCAUGCCAACACCAGUGCAGGGGGACUGAAUCUGGUGCCCGAUGGCUCCCCACCCGGUGGGGCAAAAAGAAGAGCACCCACCAUGCUGUACGGCUCUCCCGGAAGCGGCAACGCUACAGGGAGGGCAGGAAGCCAGCGUCCCAGGCUGCAAUGGCUAAACACCAGCGGCAGACCCAGGGCCUGCAGCUCUUCAACAGUGCCGGCUGACCUGCAGUUAUCGAACCUGCUUUUCCUCCUCUCGGGGAGGGGAAGAGGUGUGUGUGAAAAGGGGUUUUAACCCAACCCAAACAGAAUCUGUCUUUUAUCUCAAAGCUUUUCCAACGUUUCAAGAAAAUGACCAAGCAAAGCCCUUGAGAUUAAAAUGUUUUGGCCAAGCAAAACGCUAGAGACUAGAAUGUUUUAGCCAGUGCCUGCCCCAUAUAUUUUACUGGACCCAAAAUAGUUCCCCAAAACCCACCUCUCCUCCUUCCAAAGGGGGAAAAAAACCCAACUUAUGCUAGAUUUUUUGUGUGUGUCUUUUGGAAACUAUUCCAGAAAAAUUUUUUUUGUUUAAACAAAAAAAAAUGACAAAAAAAAAAAUUCAAUCUCUUUCUCUCUCCCUCGCAUCCUCAUUAAGUCACAAAUUCCCUGGCCUUUCUUACCCAGCACUGCUCCACGCUGACCAGCCAUGCAUCAGCAAGACACUCCUAGGACUUAGCAGCCCUCAGUCAGACAGCACAGAGCCAGGAUAGCCUGUACGUAAGAAGAGCCAGAUACCUGUAACUGAGGCAUCAAUGAAGCCUAUUUGUUCUGCAAAGGAAUCAGCCACAGCCAGACCUAUUUGUUUGUCCAUGGAACCAGAGUUUUAUGUAUACAAGACACGUUUCCCUCCCCAACAUCAUCCCUGUCCAGUCAUGCCAAGAUGCGGGCAAAUGUUUUGGGAAAAAGGAUGACGAAAGGAAGGAGGAGGAAGGCAAAGGGCUGGGAACAUACUCAGAGGACCUGAGAAGAGGCACAGUCUAGGCCAGUGGUGGGAGGUAAAAAGAAAGGGUUGAGGAGUCAGCAGAGCCAAGUGCAACUGCCCAUCUGCAUGCAGAGCACUCAGAAGCAUGAGCCUGAAAGCCAUACACAUGCUGUGCCUGCUGCACGGGCUCUUGGGAGCGCUGCUAAGCACAGGCCUGCCCGUAUCACAGGCGGGUGCUCAGAGGCCAGUGAUGGGAGCUGCUACUCAGAUCUUUCUGUGUCAUCUGGCUCUCCCAUUUCUGCACGGACAAAAGCAAAGCAGGGAACCCUUUCAGCGACACCAGACAUCCCAUCUGUUGGGAGAGAAGGCUGACUAUGCAGUGUCAGAAGCUGGAUGAGGAGAGGGUGGUUUGGAGACCUUGGUAACUGUGGGCAUAGUGAGAAUGUCCUAGCAUGGAGAGUUGCUAUGUGGAUUUUUAAGGUUUAGCUUGCUGUAAUACACUGAUGCUGCCAAGGGCUCUGAUGUUCAUGUCUUUGUGUCUCACACACAACCAGACUUCUAUCUUUCAUUGCACAAAUUUGCUCCUUGCACCUGCCAGGCAGAUGCCAGGGCAGAAAUAGGGACAAAAGGGAAAACCUACCUUGCUACAUCUCCUGAGUGAAGAAAUCCUCCCAGAGUGGCAGACCCUUGCUUGUAAAAUGCACAUGGAUUUUAGCUUCUGUCUUACUGAUUUAAGGCAUGGUGAGACUGAUGGAUAUUAUUUCUUUCUGCUCCUGUGUGAGUUCUUACUUCCGGGCCUACACUUAUCAUUUGAGAUGUCCUGAAUCUUUCCUUGUACCCGCUCACAAUCUGCAAAAUGUAAAUAAAAUGAGUGAAUGAUGCUCAGUACCACAACAGAAACACAAAGCCUCUUGUAGGAUCCAACCCAACCUCAUCUUUAGUAUGUGUGUGUGCUCUCCAUUAUUUUUCUUCCUGUGCCAAAUAAAUGUUGCUUUUAAAUAA